UCACUGCAAUCCAGCAUGUCGGAUUUUUCCUCAAGAAAAAAGUCUCCCACUGGAAAUGAUACGAAGCGCACCCAGGGGGCGCCACUGAGACAGCAGGGUUUUCAUGAUGUGAACAAAAGAAGGGCUUUCUUACAGGAUAACAGCUGGAUAAAGAAACGCCCCGAGGAGGAAAAAGAUGAAAAUUAUGGCAGGGUGGUGCUCAACCGGCAUAACUCCCACGAUGCACUGGACAGGAAAAUACCUGAGAGAGAGGAGCGGAAAGCCACGAUUAGCCGGUACAGAUCUGAUGACACACUGGACAGAACACUGUCUGUGUUGAGGACCCAAGAAUCAACCAGGACGCCCCUGGGCGGCUCCUUUAAUGCAAACACUCCCGUGACGGCCCCCACGCCUGCUACCACCCCUGUGAAGAAAAAGAGACAGUCCUGGUUCCCACCACCCCCUCCUGGCCACAAUGCCUCUCCAAACACAGGAGCAAGCAGAAGGGAUCCAGCUGUUCACCCUCCAAUACCUCCCAAACCCUGUUCUCCCAUUGCGUCUCCUAAACAACUGAGACGGAAUAAUAGGCAGAUACAUGUAACUACAGCCGGUGCAUACGAAGAAGCCAAUAGACAUGCUGAAAAGAAUAUAAGGGCCAAGGAUCUCGAUGACAUCAUCAGAGUGGCUGCUUCACUUCAGAAAACUGACAAGGGUGAAGAAAUGGACAAUCUCAUCAGAAUGAGCAAAAGCUUGAACAGAAAUCAGGGUCUUGACGGCCUCUUCCGAUCAAACCUGAAGACACAGCCGGUAGACAAAAGAGCCCAGAGUCUUGAAAGUCUCAUCUGUAUGAACUCCCAGUUGGACAGAGAUGGCAAAGGAAAUCAAGUCUUUGGGAGUCUUAAGAAAAUCAAUCAAAGGACAGACAAGGAGAAAGGCCAAGACCUCAGACCAGUUACGAAAAUGAGUGCCACAGCAGAUAAAAACAGCAGAAGAAGUAGAGAUCUUGAUAAUGUUAUGAAGAUUAACCUCAAAGGACAUGAAAAUACCUCUGGCAAACAAGACAUCGAUGGAUUGACUAACAUGAAUCCUGAAACACAUAAAAAUAUGAAGAGGGGCCAGAGCCUUGACAAUCUGAUCAAAGUCACCCCAGAAGUGAACAGGAGUAACCAAGGGGGUCAAAAUCUUGACAAUUUCACCAAAGCUGUGCUCACAACCAACAGAGCUAACCAAGGCAAUCAACACGGUCUUGAUGAACUUAUUAAUACAAGCCCCAAAGAUGUCAAAACUACUGCCGGGUAAGCGAAAAUAUUAUAUUUUGUUUUUCUUUCAACUAAACAGAAUAUGAAUGUAAAUACCAUAAUCAGGCCUUCUCCUACACUCACAAGAGCGAAUCAAAUAGAAAAUAUUAAAAGACUGAAUAAGCUCCACUCAUCCAUCAGAAAUACACACAAAGACCAGAGCCUAGAAAAUUUAACUGAAAUUGAUUCUCAUGUAUCUGAAAAUAAAAAUGGAAGGUUAGAUGGCCAAGUCAAUGGAUUCACCAAAACUCAACUCAAGGAGUCCACAAGAACCUCUGUCUAUUCUUAUGAAGCCAGAAACAGCCUCAGCUCCAGUACUGGAAGCAGGGAUGCUGGGCCCAGGGACACUGUUGUCUAUACAAGGACGUACGUGGAGAGUAGUAAAUCACCAAAGGAUGGAUAUCAGGAAAAUAUCUCAGGAAAAUAUAUACAAACUGUUUAUUCAACUUCAGAUAGGUCUGUCAUUGAAAGAGACAUGUGCACUUACUGCCGCAAGCCCUUGGGGGUGGAAACCAAGAUGAUUUUAGAUGAGUUACAGAUCUGCUGCCAUUCCACUUGCUUUAAGUGUGAAAUAUGCAAACAGCCUUUGGAAAAUCUACAAGCAGGUGACAGUAUCUGGAUUUAUAGACAGACUAUACAUUGUGAACCUUGCUACUCUAAAGUGAUGGCAAAGUGGAUUCAGCAGCACUGAUAUGUGGAAAUGGAGAUGAGAAACCUUCGUCAAGGAAUUUAAAGCUACGAUUUAAGAACAUAUAAUCCAGAAAAGAUUUACAUUGAAGAUUACCUCCUGUAUCAAAAUAACAAUUUUGUUAUUGAACAAAUAAUCUAACUAGUUCGAAUAAGGUCGCACGCAUGAAAAGAACCAUCUGGUAUCUGGCAAGAUUUAGUGAUAAAUACUCACAUAGUUCUAGUUACCAAAGACAAUGACAGUGAGCAUUGUCAACCCUGAACAGGCCCCAUUCCUGCUUGCCUGCCCAUCGUGUUUUCCAUUAUAGCCAAGCUUCCUAUCUUCUUGCCUGUACUUCCCCUAAUAGUUUGUAUUAGGGCAUUAUUGACACCCUGACAAAUGGGCUGAUAGAAGCAAGAUAUACUUCUCCUUUUUUCUAGAAAAGAAAAUGCACAUAGAAAUUUUCUUAUGAAGUUUUUCAGCAAGGUCAAUGUGACAAGUUGUUUGGAUCUUAGAAAAUCACUUAAAGUUUCCAGACUUCUUCAGUGACUUCCCGGUGACACCACAGGCAUUAGACAAAAUGAUUUCUAAGGUCCCCUUUGCUUUUCCAGUUGUCUGAGUCUAAAAGAAAUUUGAGUUUGCUGUUUAGAAACAUAUUGGUAUAUUUGUUUAUUGGGACAUAAAUAAUUUCACCUGUGUCAUCCUUCAGUUUAUCACUGGCAUAUCUUUAAUAGACUACGCUUAAAACUGAAAUUAAUAGCUUUGUGGGUGAUAGGUAAAGUCAUAUGAUGUGUAACUUGUUAAGCUUCCUUUGCAUGCAUUUCAAAAUCUGGGUGUACAAAUAAUCUGAGAAGUAAUAGCUAUGGGUUACAAACAUGUUAUAUGUGUUUAUGUUACAGUUUAUGUUUACAGAAGGCUCACAACAAUAAAAUGAGUUUCCCUAA